UCCUCCCCAAACACUCCCACCCACAACAUCACCAAUCUCCCUCCAACCUUCCCUUUCCGGCAAGAGAUGGAGGAUCCGCUGCCGCCGCCGCCGCCACAAUCGAACCGCUCCGGCAACUUAUUGGCGGCGGCGGAGGACGCGCCGCCCAUAAAGUCCUUGAACGACGCAUGGGAUGUGUUCUUGCGAGAGUCAAAGAAGCUCUGGUUGAUCGCAGUGCCGAUUGGGUUCAGUAUGAUUUGCCUCAACGGAAUCAGUUCCGCCACCCAAAUCGUCGCCGGACAUCUUGGCAACCUCCAGCUAUCCGCCGUGGCCGUCAGCCUCUCCGUCAUCUUUGUUUUCACUUUCGGUUUUCUCCUGGGGAUGGGAAGCGCGCUCGAAACAUUAUGCGGGCAAGCUUAUGGCGCAGGGCAAGUGGAGAAACUGGGCGUGUAUAUGCAGCGGUCAUGGAUCAUCCUCCUCGCAUCAGCCCUCCUCCUCUGCCCUCUCUACAUUUUCGCCACCCCCAUCCUCAGACUCAUCGGCCAGCAAGAAGACAUUGCCGUCGCCGCCGGCCGCUUUAGCAUCGCCAUCAUACCCCAAAUCUUCGCACAAGCCAUCAACUUCCCCACCCAGAAGUUCCUCCAAGCUCAGAGCAAGGUCGGAAUCCUCGCUUGGAUCAGCUUCGUAGCCGUCCUCCUCCACGUCGCCCUCCUCACCCUAUUCCUCUUAGUUUUCAAAUGGGGCAUUAACGGCGCCGCCGCCGCCUUUAACAUCUCGCAGUGGAUGGUCACCAUCUCCCAAGUCGUCUAUGUCAUGGGAUGGUGCAGGGAUGGAUGGACUGGCUUCUCCCUGGCGGCUUUUAGGGAUUUGUGGGGUUUCGUCAAGCUCUCCCUCGCCUCCGCUGUUAUGCUUUGUCUCGAGAUUUGGUACAUGAUGGUUCUCGUUGUGCUCACGGGGCAUCUCAAGAACGCUGAGAUUGCCAUCGGCUCCAUUUCUAUCUGCAUGAACAUAAAUGGAUGGGAAGGGAUGAUAUUCAUAGGCAUCUAUGCGGCCAUAAGUGUUCGGGUCUCGAAUGAACUUGGAUCGGGCCGGCCGAGGGCAACCAAGUACACUGUUGUGGUUGUGGUGGUCACUUCUCUAGUGAUUGGGCUCUUUUUCAUGUGUGUCAUUCUUGCUGCAAGAGAUUAUUUUCCGGUAUUAUUUACAAGUGAUAAAGAGAUGCAGAAGGCUGUUACGAGAAUUGCUUAUCUUCUUGGGAUUACCAUGGUGCUCAAUAGCAUCCAGCCAGUGAUUUCAGGAGUGGCAGUCGGAAGUGGAUGGCAAGGACUAGUGGCUUACAUUAAUUUGGGAUGUUAUUAUAUUUUUGGCCUUCCAUUGGGGUUCUUUUUGGGAUAUUUUUUGCAUUGGGGAGUUCAGGGCAUUUGGGUCGGCAUGCUUUGUGGCAGCGCUCUGCAGACUUUAAUCCUGCUGUUCGUUGUUUGGAAGACAAACUGGAAGGAGGAGGCCGCACAAGCUUUAAAACGCGUACAAUUGUGGGGCGGGGAGGCAAACCCCGCGAGCUAGUGAGAAGAGCUUGUUAUUGCAUAAGCUUAAUUAGUCUCAUUAACAAUAAAUUAUUAUGUUAAAAAAAUGGAUUAUGGACUUGUUAUUGAAAAAAAAUGGCAGAUUAUAAUUUAUUUAGAGCUUCCUUUCUCUAUUAUAUCUGAAAAUAAGUAAAGUUAUAGUCAAGUAGAAGUG